AUGGUCGCUCCAACUCUCCUCAGUGGUCUCCUGGCCGCCGCCUUGGUUCCCCUUACCCAGGCCGCAGGAGCCUCAUCCGUCGCCCCCAAGCGCCCAGACAUCAAGGCCGCGCCCUUCCAUCCGGGCCACGCCUUCCCCGCCUCGGCCCCGAGGACCAAGACGUGCGCCGUGAAGGCCGGCACCAAUGGCAGCGAUGACGCCGCCGCCAUUCUCCAGGCCUUCAAGGACUGCAACAACGGCGGCACCGUCGUCCUCGACUCGACCUACAACGUCUGCUCGCCCCUGGACCUGACUUUCUUGAACGCCGUCGACGUCGCCAUCACCGGUACUGUCAACUUUUGCGAUGACAUUGACCACUGGCUGCCACGGACCUUCAAGUACGUCUUCCAGCUGUCCUCGUCCAUGUGGGUGUUUGGCGGCAAGGAUGUGAACAUUUACGGUAACGGCGUCGGCACGCUCAACGGAAACGGCCAGAAGUGGUACGACCGAUUCGCCUCGAACGCCACCCUCGAGCGACCCAUCCUGCUCGUCACUGAUGGCCUUCACGGCGGCUCCAUUACCGGCCUGAACAUGGUCAAUUCGCCUCAAUGGUUCAACCUCAUCGCCAACAGCACCGACGUGCUCAUCUCCGACAUCACCAUCAAGGUCGGCUCAACCUCUAGCAACCCGGCCAAGAACACGGAUGGCUGGGAUAUUUACCGCUCCGACUCGGUCGUCAUCCAGAACUCGCACAUCAACAACGGCGACGACUGCGUCUCCUUCAAGCCCAACUCGACAAACGUCGUCAUCCAGAACCUCGUCUGCAACGGCUCCCACGGCAUCUCCGUCGGCUCUCUCGGCCAGUAUGUCGGCAAUUUCGACAUCGUCGAGAACCUAUACGUCUACAACACCACCAUGUCCAACGCCUCCGAUGGUGCCCGCAUCAAGGUCUGGCCCGGCAUCGACACCCCCUUCCAGCCCUCGCUCUCCGGCGGCGGCGGCUCGGGAUACGUCAAGAACGUGACGUAUGAUACGUUCCACAACUCCAACAACGAUAACGCCAUCACAAUCGACCAGUGCUACGGCCAGAAGAACCAGACUAUCUGCAACCAGUAUCCUUCCAACAUGACCAUCAGCGACAUCUAUUUCAAGAACUUUGAUGGCACGGCUUCCUCCAAGAACGACCCUCGCGUGGGAAGCCUCGUCUGCAGCAGCCCUGCGAAAUGCCUGAACAUCAACGCCUCCAAGAUCAACGUCAAGGCCCCGAGCGGCAAGAACCCCCAGUGGUUGUGCAUCAACUUGGACACCGGCCUUCUCGACAUCAACUGCGUGACCAAGGUGACCAAGAGUUAG